AUCUCGUGAAAUCAAGAUGGCGACCGUUUUUCGGCCGGUGUCUUCGUUCCUUCCUUUCGGACUAUCUGUCCGAUCGAUGGCGACUCUAAAAGAAAUUCGAACGAGACUGAAAAGUGUUCAAAGCAUCCAGAAGAUUACGAAGAGUAUGAAAAUGGUGUCGGCGGCGAAAUUCGCGAGAGCAGAGCGAGAACUACGACCUGCAAGAACAUACGGGAAUGCAGCUCAAGCUUUCCAUGAGUCGUCUACUAUUGAAGUCAGUAGUCCGAAACAUCUCAUUAUUGCAGUGACAAGUGAUCGUGGUCUGUGUGGUGGUAUUCACUCUAACAUGGGGAAACAUAUACGAUCGUUAGUUGCCGAGUUGCCGGCUGAUGAGACUGUGAAGAUUGUGACGUGUGGAGACAAACUGCGAGCUCUGUUUCAGAGGAACAAUGCUUCGCAGAUGGCGUUGGCUUUCAGUGAGUUAGGGAAGCAGCCGAUGCAGUUUGGUGAUGCGGCAUUUGUGGCACAGAAGAUCUUGGAGGCAGGAGUAGAAUAUGACAAGGCAACUGUUGUGUUCAAUAAGUUUAAAUCUGUGAUUUCCUAUGCAGUGACAGAACAACCGGUCUUCUCUCUCGACGCAAUCUCAGGAUCAGAGGGAAUGACUUUGUACGACGAUGUUGACAGCGAUAUUUUACGAAACUACCACGAGUUUAGUCUGGCCAGUCUAAUCUACUGGGCGAUGAAAGAGUCGGCCACUAGUGAACAGAGUGCCAGGAUGACUGCCAUGGACUCGGCAAGCAAGAAUGCAGGUGAAAUGAUCGAAAAACUGACUCUCACAUUCAAUCGCACUCGACAAGCCGUCAUCACACGAGAGCUAAUCGAAAUCAUUUCGGGCGCUGCAGCUCUAGAUUGAUAUCAACACGUGAACUGCACGUCAUCGCGUGGUUAGCGUGUAUCCCGGACACAAUGAAUAGCACAGUCCAUGUCUUGUCACUAAUUCGAGUAUCUUUCUGAUGUUAUAAUAUUGUAAAUUUCAACGUU